UCCCUCUCCCCCGGAACCCCCUCGAUAAAAAUCCUUCCUUGUUGCUCUCAUCAUCCACCAACCCCCCCCCCCUACCAUGGCAUCGAUCUCGAAGCUCUCCAGCCCCGCCUUCACCGCGGUCUCAUCUCCUCCUCUCCGAUCCGAGCCGAAGCUCUCCGUCGACUUCCGCAGACGCAGCGGCCCGGUUCGGAGCCCGAUCGCUCCCCUCCGCCUCUCGAUUCAACGAGAUCGCUCCGGGAGGAGCGCGUUGGUUGUGAAGUCUUCACUGCAAGAUGGAAAUGGUGUCCCAUCAAAGAGGACAACCCUCCACGAUCUCUAUGAGCAACAAGGACAGUCUCCAUGGUAUGACAAUCUCUGCCGGCCUGUGACAGAUUUGCUGCCGCUGAUUGCCAGUGGUGUAAGGGGUGUUACCAGCAAUCCCACGAUUUUUCAGAAAGCUAUAUCAUCGUCUAGUGCCUAUGAUGAGCAAUUCAGGCAGCUGGUAACUGCAGGAAAGGACAUAGAAAGUGCUUACUGGGAACUUGUUGUGAAGGACAUUCAAGAUGCUUGCAAACUUUUUGAACCCAUUUAUGAUCAAACAGAUGGUGCUGACGGUUAUGUAUCUGUUGAAGUGUCUCCUAGACUUGCGAACGAUACCAAUGGCACAGUUGAAGCUGCCAAAUAUUUGCACAAAGUGGUUGAUCGCCCGAAUGUGUAUAUAAAGAUCCCAGCUACAGCAGAAUGUGUUCCAUCCGUCAAACAAGUUAUUUCACUUGGUAUAAGCGUUAAUGUGACGUUGAUCUUCUCACUCCCUAGAUAUGAAGCUGUGAUCGAUGCUUAUUUGGAUGGUCUCGAGUCUUCUGGGCUCAGUGACCUUUCUAAGGUGACCAGUGUGGCUUCCUUCUUUGUCAGUCGUGUUGACACUCUCGUUGAUAAAAUGCUAGAAAAGAUUGGGACGCCUGAAGCUCUUGAUCUCCGAGGAAAGGCAGCUGUAGCUCAAGCAACUCUAGCUUAUAAGCUGUAUCAAAAGAAAUUUUCUGGUCCACGUUGGGAGGCUUUGGUAAAGAAGGGUGCCAAAAAGCAGAGGUUAUUAUGGGCCUCGACCAGUGUUAAGAAUCCUGCAUAUCCUGACACUCUUUACGUCGAUCCUCUUAUUGGACCUGACACGGUUUCGACCAUGCCCGACCAGGCUCUUGAAGCCUUUAUGGAUCACGGUGUCGUCUCGAGGACCAUUGAUUCAAACAUCUCGGAGGCUGAGGGAAUUUACAGUGCACUAGAGAAGUUGGGGAUUGACUGGGACGAAGUUGGGGCACAGCUUGAGGCCGAGGGUGUGGAGUCAUUCAAGAAGAGUUUCGACAGUUUGCUGGUUAGCCUGAAACAGAAGGGUGAUUCUCUCAAGGCCCUCAGUCUGUAGAACAGUUAUGAUGAGCCUGUCCAUCUCUGUCCACUGUGGAUGGGAUCUAAAUAAAGCUGGCUUGUAUUCGUUUUGCUGUAAUUCUUAGUUUGUUUGGCACUCGAGUGAACUCUGUCUUUGUAUUGCAGUAGUGAGGAAUGACUGGGCUUGAGAAUAAAUGUGUGAAGUGGUGUAACCAUGGGUUUUUAAGUGCCAAGAUUCCUAAAGAAGUGUUACAAUGA